AUCGACCCGUCCUCCAGCAGCUCUAGGGCCAAUCGUCUACUACGAAUAGGCUGCGCUUCAUCUUCUGUGACCCGCUGAAGCACUGGCUUGGUGACUGCGAUAAUUGCCCGGCGGCCGCCUUGAAAGCAGCGAACUCCGCACAGUACUGGUGGACGUCGAACGAGGACUCGUGUCUUGGGAAGGCGGAAAGCGAUCAGUACUGCCAUUCAAAGCUUGAGGCUGCUUCCUGUUAUGCUUCUCAGUUGUUCGGGGCUCUGGUCUACCUCUUUGGCUAUACUUGCUUUGGCAGCACAGACGUCCGCAAUAUGGCCCUUCCAACCGAAGCGAUUCCGCGGAAACGCGCUGCUGAGCGCAGGCAACAUGGGUGUUGAGGCGGACGCUACCGUAGUCGCGUACGGGGAUUUCAACGGAGACCAAUUCCUUGAUCUCUUGACCCUUGGUUCGGACCACCAGUCAUUGUCCAUAUAUCUUUGGGAUCAUGAGGGCUACACCUUCCGGAAAUCUGUGGCAUUCAAGCACUCACGCAGAGUAUACAACGUCAUUCCGGGGGAUUUUACCCAAGACGGGCGGCUAGACCUCCUCGUUUACAGCCAAUCCACAAGGUCUGGUGAAGUUGCAAUAGACCUCUAUGCUGCAUCUCCGCAGGGUGGCUUUGAUUUGACGCCUAUCACCGCCCCUGCCUCCGUGUCUGCGCAACCUAUACCAAUGGACGUCAACGGCGACCUCAAGAUCGACCUGUUCGGGAUCACCUCACCACCGUCGUCGUCUUCUCCCUUCAAAGUCUGGCAAAACGUAUGGAAUGCUUCAUCCUCGCAGUCGGAUUUAUUCAGCACAGUGGACCCGAACUUCAGCGGCGCCCAAUGCACGCUCUCCAGCCCUCACAGCAAUGCCGCCGUGGACCUCAACGGGGAUUGUCUUGCCGACAUCUUUCUGGUUUGUGACGACCGCGCUUCGGGAGGAAAGUCCUACCAGAUCUGGGUCAACAACAAAGACGACGGUUUUGCGUUGGCUCAGCAAGGCCGGUUGCCUCCCGGGACCCAGUCCAUAUCUUUCGCUGAUAUCGACCGGGACGGUACACUCGAUAUGUUGUUUGCGACAUGCGCCUCCGUGUCUAGCUCGACGGGCGUCGGGUCGAUGUGCUCCAUCAACAUCGCAUACAACAAGCAGCUUCCGCUCUGUACAUCCAACUCCGCAUCAAACGUGCAGAAUGGCAAGCCUGUCUGCAGGUUGCCGGACGACCUUUGCACCGCAGAUCCCGAUUUCCAGUUCGACUUGCGUGAACGCGCCGAUAACGACGCAUUUGUCCGCAUACCGUUGGCAGACGUCUUCCCUCCCGACUCCCAUUCCUCCGGCACGCCCUCCCUCGUGGUCAUGGACACCUCGCAGAGUCCGUCUGUACCGGUGCCGAUCAAGCUGGGAGACGUCAACCAGGACGGCUUCCCGGACAUCAUGGCCAUCGUCGCUACCGGCAGCGGCUCGCGCAUGACGCGCACGCCCCAUUUGGUGCUGUCGGUGCCUUGCGCGAAAGGCGUACCCGGCUGCAACGGAGACGGAAAUGGCCGGAGAGGCUGGGAGGUCGUACGGAAGGACGUCGGCCCGCUCGUCGGCGUGCAGGAUGCUCGGUCGCUCGCGUUCUUGGAUAUGGAUGAAGAUGGUACGCUGGAUAUCAUGGUGCAGCGGACUGGGGCACAAGGGCAGGGGAACAUUCUCUUCGUCCAGAACAAUUUCUACUACGACGCGUUCUUCCUGAAAGCUAUCGUUCUGAACGGUGCUUGCGGAAGUGGGACAUGUCCCGCGGCUGACGGCGCCAAGAAGUACCACCCCUACGGCGUGAGCUACUCCGGCGCUACCUACAAAUAUACUGUCCUAGACACAUCGGGCAGAAGAUCGGCUGCUCAAGUCGGACAGAUGCCUCAGGCUGCUUACCAAUCGCUCCUGACGCCGUACGUCUACUUCGGCCUAGGGCGCACGAACAACUACAUCGAGAACCUAUUUGUGGGCUCCACGAAGCACACAAGCGAACACUACAUCAACAUGGAGGGCGUGAUCCCGAACUCGAAGGUGGUGAUCAUCCCACCAGUGGAGGGAGACUCGUGGAAGAGGGAGCUGUAUCUGCGGCCAGGAGAGUGGAUACCCUGGGUGACGCUGACGGUUGUCGCGUCGCUCAUUAUCCUGGCUGUUAUCGUGCUUGUGCUACAUUUGAACGAGAAGAGGGAAGACGAGCUCGAGAGGAGACGGGCCUCGCAUCACAUCAACUUCGACGCGCUAUAGUACAGACUUUACAUUUACAUUCGACGCAUAUCCAUCCUUCCCGUCUCGCGCACUGUACGGUAUCUUAUGCUAUGAGCACUCCACACGACCACACCGGACAAACAGAGACGAGCGACUGACUAAUGGCCCAGGAGCACCCACGCGUUGUCCACCUUCUCGACUCUACCGUCGCCCUCGAGCUUCUUCAGGUGCAGCUCCACACUGUGCGCGGCGGGUGCCCACAGCUCGCGCGGGUACUUCGCGUAGAUGUUGCCCACAAUCGCCUCCGUCGUCCACCCGCCCUCGCUCUCCGCUCUGGCGAGCUGAAGCACCUUCACGAUCUGCGCCUCGCGCUCCUCGCGGUGGUGCAGAUACGUCGUGAUCUUCGAGAGCCCUUCGGUGGCGACGGGCCCGUGCCCGGGGUACACGGUGUUGUACGUCUGUGUGCCGUCUGGGCCCCGCGCGAAGGCGAUCAUCUUGCGCAGGCUUGCCAUGUAUGGCCCAAGGUCUUCGAACACGGCGGUCCCAUGUCCAAGCACUGUGUCUGCGGUGAAGAGUGCGCGGUCGGGGGAGUAGUAGAGACACAGCGAGUCGGGCGUGUGGCCGGGCGUGUGGAGCACCUGGAGGGGGGAUGUCUGACCGUCUGGCCCAGCGGUGACGGGAAGGACGUCGGUAUCGGUGAGGUUGUGCAGGACGGCGGUGGCGCUGGCUGGGGUGAAUGUACCGGGAUCGAGGCUGUCUAGCACAGACUGAAGGCGAGCGUCCUGUCCCGGCAGAGGAACCUUGUGAAUCCGAGGUGGCCGGUAGGGCGCUGAGGUAGCUCCGUCGUCCCACAAUUUACGGAGGAGCGCGAGCACGCCAUGCAGGCCGCCGAUGUGGUCAUGGUGCCUAUGCGUCAAGAUGAUGUCGGAGACAUAUGGCUGCUGGGCGUCGUGGUUGGGGCUCUCGAGCAGUGCUUGCUUGAGAUAAGGGAUGUAUUCUUCCCUUCCCUCGCCGGUGUCCAGGAGGAUAUAUGGGUUGCGCUCUCCGACAAGGUACGUGUUUGUACCUUGAAGUGUGAACUUGCCUGGAUUCUGGCCUAGAAUGCGGGUGACGGUCUUGCUAAGCCUAGCGAUGGCUGGGAGAGCUUCCAGUGCCUCCAUGAUACUGAG